AAAACCACUAUUUACAUUUCUACCCCGAGGCUGUCUUUUUCUCUCUCUUCCACUAUCUUCAAAGUGGACUAUCCAUCCUUGUAGCUCAACCAUCAGACCUUGCAGAAACAAGGAAACUAGAGAGAAAAAGCGAGAGCUCCCCACAAGAGAAGAGAAGAGAAGAGAAGAGGCAAAAGAGAAGACACACACAACACACAACCAAGCAGCUUGGGGGAAGAAGAGAGAGAGAGAGAGAGAGUGCCCAAUGGAGCUGUUCCCUUCCCAGCCGGAUCUAUCCCUCCAGAUCGGUCUCCCCGCGAGUGCAACACCACACGGCCACGAUCACCACCGUGCCAUGAGCGGGAGGUUCUUCGGCCCCCCGACCCCGAGUAGCAGCAACAUCGGCGGAAACCCGGCCAUGGCGGCGUCGUUGCCGCUUCCGUUUCCCAUGACGCCUAUGCCUCUGCCACCCCAACACGCCGCCGCGCCGGGGCACGGCGGUCUCUACUACCAUCACCACGCCGUCCCCGACGGCCGCAUGCUACAGCCCAUACGGGGCGUGCCGCUCUACCCGACGCCGUUCCCGCCCCCGCCUCCACACGGCGGCCCCUCAGCCGCGGCCACCGCGCCUUGUUACUGCGAUCCAUGCCACGUCGCCGGCGCUUGGCGCCGCGGCGUCGGUGGGUGUGGCGGGCGCCUCCUCGGGUUCCCGGCGCCGAAGCGCGCCGCACGCGCGCCUCGCAUGCGGUGGACGUCCACGCUCCACUGCCGCUUUGUCCACGCCGUGGAGCUUCUCGGCGGCCACGACAGGGCGACGCCCAAGUCAGUUCUCGAACUCAUGGAUGUGAAGGAUCUCACCCUAUCUCAUGUGAAAUCUCACUUGCAGAUGUACAGGACUGUGAAGAAUACCGAAAGGCCGGCAGCUUCGUCAGCAGAUCAGGCUGACGGCUUCGAGAACGGGUCGGCUGGCGAGAUCUGCGACGACAACUUGCUUGACCUGCGAGGCGGCGGUAGGCCGGAGGCAGUGGCAGCAGCCACACGGAAUGGAAGGUUAGCUGCAAGCGACGAUGACAGGAGCAUCGGCGCCGGUGCAACUCAUGGUGGUGCCCUGUGGAAUAGCUCCUCAAGGGACGAGGAUUGGUCUGGCUUUCCUUGUGACUCCAACAACGAAAGCAUGCAAUCUUUCAAGGAUCAUAUGCAGUCCAAGAGCCUAGAGAUCCUAUCAGACAUGAACUCCUGCCUGUCAGAGACGACGUCCAGCGCAAGCGCCCCGAACCUUGACUUCACCCUAGGGCGACCGCACCAAUGCCGGAGCUGAAAAGCGGUCGGCGUCAACUGUAUUCUGAUCGAUCUCAUCGACGUCGGCAAGAAUUAGAGUUACUUUUAGUUAAUUUGUCCGUUCAUCAUGCAUGUUCAUUACGAUGGCCCCAAUUCCAUCUUUGGUCGUUGAAAGGUGGGUAUCGGAUGGCAGGGGAAAGGAGGAACUAUAGUUAGGUAGGGGUACGUAGGUCGAUCUCCAAUGAAAAGCGCGUUUUCUAGUGGAAAUGUGUCUCAUGUUUAGGCAAUCAAAAAGGCUCUUCUUCUUC